AUGAACAUGAUCCUCCUUACAGUUGGCCGCUCAUGUCCCCGACAAGCCCGGCUGGCUCUCGUAAGAUACCAAUCUUCAUACCCUCGUCGGCAUUGCCGCCUCGAGGGAAUCUGCGGUGACGUCCUCUCCUUCAACAUCGAACCUGCCAUAAACUGUCUCGGCGACCUCGAGAUCGUCCUCGUCUGUGGCUCCACCGUACCUCAAAGACGGUUUUCCUCUGCGAGGACUGCAAGGGCCGCGAGCCAAACAAGGGCAUCGACUCCAUCGAGACCACUUUCGGGACGGUCGUCCGAGCCGCCAUCCUCUCCCGCGACACCUCCAAGAAGACUUAGGAUGUCGUCCCCAACGUCGUCCGCACUUUGCGGGAAUCAUCGUCGAUAG